UAGCAUCCAUUAGACCCCACAGGCGUUACAGUGGGGGAUUGAGGAGACUGCAGGCUCACUCUUCUUGUGAAGCAACUAUACAGUCAGUUCUUCUGUUGGUCUCCUUCACUGCAUUCAUAUUCCAGCUCCAUCAAAAACAACAUCUACGAUGCAGAGAACUCGUCCCAGCUUAAGUGACAUGGAGCAAGCCAUCGUUGCCAUCAUUAAUGUGUUCCACAAGUACUCUGGGAACAAGAGCAAGCUGAAAAAAGCAGAGCUCAAACACCUCAUCAAUAAUGAAAUGAGCCAGUUCAUAAUGGUAAGCCAAACCUUCCAGUAUGGAUAUCGGUGUUAUGAAGUACAGCAAAAUCGAGGAGAACGACACUCUGGACAGGCUUUUUGCAGACCUCGAUCAAAACGGAGAUCUGGAGAUUGACUUCCAAGAGUUCAUUUCCCUAAUUGCCAUGGUUACCUCAGAAUGUCAUGACCUUAUACCACUUUGAAUCUCCAUCGAUAACUUAAUGCAUCCAUUAAACUUUAAACCAUG